GCGAGGGGCAGGCGCGCACUAACAGCGCUCGGUGCUCUCUUGGCAGAAAGUCCUGGAGCUGAAGGAGGAUUUGAAGCCGGUCCCCGCUGCCCCUGCGGAGCAGCAGCCUCGCCCAGAGGAACUAAACUAUUCUUGUAGUGUCCCAUAGAAUUUCCCAGUCUUCUUCCUCUGGUUCUGAGUCUGCUCCUCCGCGUGGCACCUUGGAGUUUCUAGCUGGCACCAUUACCUCCAACGAGUGGAGUUCUCCCACCUCCCCUGAGGGGAGCAACGACUCGGGGGGCAGCGAGGCCUUGGACAAACCCAUCGACAAUGACGCCGAGGGCGUGUGGAGUCCGGACAUCGAGCAGAGCUUCCAGGAAGCGCUAGCCAUCUACCCGCCAUGCGGCCGGCGCAAGAUUAUCUUGUCAGACGAAGGCAAGAUGUAUGGCCGAAAUGAGUUGAUUGCCCGCUAUAUUAAGCUGAGAACAGGGAAAACACGCACAAGGAAACAGGUAUCUAGUCACAUCCAGGUCCUGGCAAGGCGGAAAGCUAGAGAGAUCCAAGCCAAGCUCAAGGAUCAGGCAGCUAAAGAUAAAGCCAUGCAGAGUAUGGCUACAAUGUCAUCUGCCCAGAUUAUCUCUGCAACUGCCUUCCAUAGUAAAAUGGCCUUGCCUGGUCUCCCACGACCAGCAUACCCUGCUGUUUCUGGGUUUUGGCAAGGACCACUGCCAGGCCAAGCUGGAUCUUCCCAGGACGUGAAACCUUUUUCUCAACAACCUUAUGCUGUACAGCCUCCGCUUCCAAUACCAGGGUUUGAGUCUCCUACUGGCCUCUCACCUUCCCCAUCAGCACCAGCUUGGCAAGGACGAAGGGUUGCUAGCUCCAAACUUUGGAUGUUAGAGUUCUCUGCAUUCUUGGAACAACAACAAGACCAAGACACAUAUAACAAACACCUGUUUGUGCACAUUGGGCAGUCAAGCCCCAGCUACAAUGACCCCUACCUCGAGGCAGUGGAUAUCCGGCAGAUCUAUGACAAGUUCCCUGAGAAGAAAGGGGGCCUGAAGGAGCUCUUCGAAAGGGGGCCAGCUAAUGCCUUCUUCCUUGUCAAAUUCUGGGCUGAUUUGAAUACCAAUAUUGAAGAUGAAUCCAGAUCUUUCUAUGGUGUUUCCAGUCAGUAUGAAAGUCCAGAAAACAUGGUCAUCACCUGUUCCACCAAAGUAUGUUCCUUUGGAAAGCAGGUGGUAGAGAAAGUAGAGACAGAGUAUGCACGCUACGAAAACGGACACUAUUCCUACCGCAUCCACCGCUCCCCUCUCUGCGAAUACAUGAUCAACUUCAUCCAUAAACUCAAGCACCUUCCCGAGAAGUACAUGAUGAACAGUGUGCUGGAGAACUUCACUAUUUUACAGGUUGUGACAAACAGGGAUACACAGGAGACCUUGCUGUGCAUAGCAUAUGUUUUUGAAGUAUCAACUAGUGACCACGGUGCCCAACAUCACAUCUACCGGCUGGUGAAGGACUAGAGACUCUCUGCCCUGAGUUGUCCAUGGAAUGCAUGUCUAAGAAAAAAGUCUGUGCUUGAACAACCCCUGCCCCCCCAUACCAAACUGAAAAAUAAACUGCAGAUAUUGUGUAUUUUCAGAAAAGUA